UUCCAACCCAACUCCAAGACGCUGGUUGUGGCGGGUUGUCUUCCACAGCAAACCAGAACGUUGCCACGUCCUUUGUAAGACACGCGUUGUAUGCUUGUAAGCAUUACCAAGAACAGUGAGAUCUAUCAGACUUGGUGUCGCCAGUGUUCCGCCUGCACUUCAGCCUCUCUUUUGUCUUUUGUAUUUAGUCAAAGUACUUGACUGCACAAACAGUACACAUGUCUCUCCCUAAAAUACAACAAUUUUCCCACUCUAUCAUUCUGUCUUCAGAUUUCAGCACAACAGCAAACCAACAAUGUCGAGAUCCCGUGCAAUCAACCUCGUCUUUCGAGCGCCCGAACAGGCCGAGGGCGCAGGGGCCCGAGUCCGCCGCAGCAUCGGUAGCGCCCAGAAACGCAACUUUUCCCCGUUCCUCAUGUUCGACCACAUGAGCGGCAGCACCGGCGCAGGCUUCCCCGACCACCCCCACCGGGGCCAAGAGACGGUGUCCUACAUCCUCAAGGGGGCGGUGGAGCACGAGGACUUCGCGGGAAACAAGGGCAUCCUGCGGGCUGGCGACCUGCAGUUCAUGACGGCGGGGAGGGGCAUCAUGCACUCCGAGCAGCCGCUGCCGGACGACGACGGGACCCCCGGCGCCGGGUUCCAGCUGUGGGUCGACCUCCCGAAGCACCUGAAGAUGUGCGAGCCCAGGUACCGGGACCUGCACGCGAACGAGAUCCCCCACGCUCGGCUCGACGACGGCAGAGUGAACAUCAAGGUCAUCUCGGGCAAGGCCGGCGGGGUCGACUCAGUCAAGGACUUGGCGUACACGCCCGUCUGGUAUCUCGACGUGGAAAUCAAGCCCGGCGGCAGCAUCACCCAGUCGCUGCCGCAGGGAUGGAACGCCUUCGCCUACGUCUUUGAGGGGUCAGCGGUCUUUGGCGCCAAGGGCAACGGCGGCCGGAGCAGCGCCGACACGUUCGACGCCGUCAUUUUCGAGAGGGAGGGCGACGUCGUCGACAUCGAGGUCCCCGCGUCCGCGGGCGGAGGGGCGCGUCUCGUGUUGAUCGCGGGACAGGUCUUGGACCAGCCGAUCGCGCAACACGGGCCCUUUGUCAUGACCAGCCGGGAAGAGGUGCAGCAGGCCGUCGAAGACUUUUACAUGCACAAGAACGGGUUUGAGAGAGCGAAGGAUUGGAGGAGCGAAAGUUCGAAAAAGAAGGGGAUGUACUGAG